AUGCCGGCGCCGUACAUCAGCACGCCGCAAACGACAGACGCGACAUACCUCACCAAUGGCCUCGAUCGGCUGGGCGACAUGUCGCCCGAAAAGUCCUUCUUCGCCCCGCCCCAGAAGCAGGACUUGAUCAGCCAGAUGCGAAGUGCACGACAAAAUGGUGGCAACCUGAAGACACCUCGAGCCGGUGGCCGCGACGCCCUCCGACUACUUCCCAAUGGAAACAAUGGCAAGGGCGAAUUCACACCCCUCAUGAAGAGCGUAACGAAAAACAACAUUGCCCGACGAAUGUCAGGACGCAAGUCCGUUGGUUCGGAGACGCCGGACUAUCAUAGGUCGGGCUACGCCCACGGCGCGACACCUGCUCUCCCUAGAUUGGAUGAGAACUCACAACUUAAUGGAGAUCACACAUCCAGCUCGGCCAUUAACGACAGCGAUUUCACGCCUCUGCCACAUAAUCUUAGCAGUAGCGCACAUAGUACGCCAUUAGCUCAGCUACCCUCACGAACCGCUGGCGGCGUGGUCAAUGAUGGGAAUAUGAUGACGUUGAGAGAGCAGGAGGGUAUAAUUGACAAGAUUGAGAAAGAAAAUUUCGGACUCAAAAUGAAGAUACACUUCUUAGAAGACGCCAUGUCGAAACGUGGUGGUGAGUUCAAUGCGGCCGCGUUGAGGGAAAACACCGACCUCAAGGUUACCAAAAUCACAAUGCAGAGGGAGCUCCACAAAUUCAAGAAGAACAUUGCUCAAGCAGAAAGAGACGCUGAGGUAUACCGAUUACAGCUGGAGGAAUACCGCGAGAAAAUCAAGCGACGACAUGCUGAUGAGACCACACGCGCCGAGAUGGAGAGGCUACGAGACGAGCUCCGCCAGAAGGACGAGCUGCUUGAAACGCUUCAGGACGAACAAGAAAUGUCACACGCAAAAGACACGGCUGAAACCAAGAGGCUGCGAGAGGAACUGGAAGAUGUACAAGCCGACCUGCGGGAAAAAGAACGCCAGCUUGAGAGUCGCGAGGACGAAAUCGAUGAGCUCAAGCUGAACGCGAGCAAAGAGUCGAAUGCUGCGGCCGAGCUGGAAGACGAACUGGACUCUGCGAGACAGCAAAUCGAAAACUUGAAGCAAGAUCUAGGCAAAGCUGAGCAGGAGGCAAGCGAAGCAAAGGAUGACCGUGAAGACGCGUUUGCUGGGAAGCGCAAAGCAGAACAGGAUCUGGAAGAACUCCAAGACGAAAUGGCCAACAAAUCUUUCAGUACGAAAGGCUUGAACAGGCAGCUCGAGGAGAAAACUGCUAAGCUUGAGGAGGAGCUGGAAGAGCUGCAGGAGCAUUUCAACAAGUCGCAGAAGGAACUCGACGAGAAGUCUCAAGCUGAGCGGAGAUUGCAAGAAAAGGUGCGCGACCUCGAGAAGGAGGGUGCAGCCGAUGCGCGCGGCCUGCGCCAGGAACUCGAAGUAACCCGACAACAGCGUGACACUUUUGAACGCAAAUUCAACCACAUGGCCAAGCAGGUUGAAACACUUCAGAAAGAGCUCCAGACGCUAUCCGAUGAGAAGGAACUUCUGCAAUCACGCCACGAUGCUCUGACGACAGAGUCUGCGCAGCUGCAGAAAGACCUCGAGCAAUCCAGAAAGUCCAUUCACGCCCUAGAGGAGGCUGUGGAGGAUGAGCAACGUCGCGCUGCACAGCAAGACAGCAUCCUGCGUGCUCAACAUCAGCAAGAGAUCGACCUUCUUAACGAGCAAGUGGACAAUCUACACCGCCAGGUUAACUCCAAAGAGAAUGAUCACGCAGCGGACCUUGAGGAAUGGGAAGCUAAGCGCAAAAGCCUCGAGUCAUCAUGGGCAAAGGCCGACGAGAAAGCCACCGGACUUCAACGGACCGUCGACAAACUUCACGAUGCCCAGGGUACUUUGUCUGGCCGCGAGAUGAAGAUGCACGAAGCUCUAGAGAGCGAGAAGCAACGCCAUCUGCAGGAAGAAAAGGUGCUCACCAAGCAGAUCGAGGAGCUUAAUGAAGACCUAGCGCUGAAACGCUCCACCGCAGAAAAUAGUCGCACAGAGGUCAACAAUGCCAAAGAGGAGCUGCGGAUCUCCAUCCGUGAACAGGCUGCUCUCAAAGAGAAGGUCGCCGAUCUCGAGGAAGAGAUAGAAGUCCUACAAGCCGACAUGGAGCAGGAGCAUCAGCUCUUGGAGGAGCUUCAGAAGAAAUCUCACGAGAGUGUCGACGCCCAAGUUUCGAAACUCAGAAAGGAGAAGCAAACUCUGCAGGACAGCUUAGCCAACGUGCAAAUCGAUCUCAGCAAUGCCCGUCGCGACCUCGGUAUCGCAGAGAAUGAUCGUGAUGAUCUCGAGGCCAAAUUACAGAAGCCCUCGAAGUCUCCGAACGAUACCUUCAACGUCGACACUGAGAAGCGUGACCUGAAACGUUCCAAGCAGAAACUUGAGAAAGAGGUGGAUCGCUUGAAGACCGAGCGCGACAAUCUUGCCAAAGCCAAUCAGGACCUCGAAGAUGAGAUCAAUGGCGAAUUAGAGAGGGCUGCAGCUGAGGAAACCCGUCUCAACCAGGAAUUAGACCAGCUGCGCAACCAGAGAUACAGCAAGGCCGAGGACCGCGAUCGUGAGCUUACGUCGGCGACGAACAAAGUCACAAGGCUUGAGGCUCGAAUCAAGGAUCUUGAAAACAUGCUGGAUAACCAGUCGAAGCUUGCUGCGUCUCCUGAUGCAGAUAUCUCUGGACUCAAACAAGAUAUGGCCGACGCACGAAAGAACGAAGCUUCCGCACUCAAGCGCGAAACGGAGCUCAAGACAACAAAUCGUGACUUGAGGAUGCAGAUCAAUGAUCUUGAGCGCGAAUUGCACGAUGCUCGUCUUGCUCAGUUGAAAUCUCCUUCCGUUUCGCCGCCGUCCUCCAACUCCAAAGAACUGGCUCGACUGCGACAAGAACUUGUUGACGCUCGUGCGGACCUAAAGACUGCCCGGACACGAAACCAUGAGCUAGAACGCUCAUCUCGCAACAUUUUCAGAAAAGAGGCUGAGCAACCUGACAGCCUCCAAGCCCGUAUAAAAUCCACUACCGCAGAAGCUAGGGAGCUGAGCGAGAAAGUUGCGGACCAGGAGAACGUCAUCUCGGAUCUCCACAUUGAAAUCCAAUACCUUCAAACCCAGCAGCAAGAAACUCGCAACAUUUCGCAGACUCUCAUGUCUCGUGACCGCCAGAUCAAAGACCUCGAAACCCAGCUGGCUCGCCUCGAGUCGCGCCCCCAAAAAGCUGGCGCCCAAGACGUCAACGACUUAUCCGUGCGCCUCUCCACGCGCGACAGCGAACUCAAAGAGACCAAGCGCCAGUUGCUUCGCAUUCGUACCGAGCGACGAAUUGCGAACGAGAAAGCCGAUGCUGUCGAGAACGAGCUUGAGGUCUUGCAAGGCCGCUAUGAGGGUAUGCUCGAAAAGCUGAGCUCCGGACAGCAUAGCAAGGAUGAAGUCCGAGAGAAAGAAGUCCGAGGCCUGAUGAAAGAGAUCACGUUCCUCAAGGCGCGCUGCAAGCGUGCAGAACGCCUGAGGAAGGACGCUGCCUGGGCGAAAGACUGGGUCAGGAGGGAGGAGCAGGUCAGAGUCAAAUGUAAUCAAAUCGACCUUCGUAUUCUUAAGGAGAUGGGCGUUCAAAUCCCGAGACGGGAGAAGUACGAGAAGAAGCUCUCACCAAAGCAAAAGUUUCGCGCCGGCGUCUUCACGGUGAUUGCGGCGAUGCGCAUCAGCAACUUGCAAGAAGACUGGGCGGAGUGGAAGGCCGUAGGCGAGGAGUUGAAGGCCGCCAGUAUGGGUGCUAAGGGGAAGGCAAAGCAGCAGUCGGAACGGAGGCGUGCUUCGAGCGGUGUCGAAGGCAGGACGACAAAGAUGCGUGGGGUGUAG